AUUUGAAAUAGACGCGCUGCUGUCGCAUACCGCACGCGGCCGCGUGCCAUGACGGCUUCUGGUGUUGGACAGGAGGCGACUCUGAAGCUUCUGCGCAAUCAGAUGCGCCACGACCGUCAUUCUGCUUGGACCAAAUUUCCAGCUGCGUAUCCGGAUUUCGAAGCUUCCGGACAAAUUCACUCUUGCGCUUUGUAUGCGUUUCUUCGAGAGCCGCCUCCGGAUACGCAUUCUUUUUCCGGUCAAUUGCCAACGGGACGCGACGCACAGCACGAGCACGAUGGAGCAAGCACAGACGCAGAAGGCCAUCACGCUCAAGGGCUCGGCGGCGAUCGUAACCGAGUUCUUUGCCUUUAGCAUCAACAAUAUUCUCUACCAGCGUGGCAUCUACCCGCCGGAAAGCUUCACACGCGUGUCCAAGUAUGGCCUCGCCAUGGUGGUCACGGCCGACGAGAAGCUCAAGGCCUUCUUGGCGACCGUGCUCGAGCAGCUCUCUGGAUGGCUCGUAGCAGGUCACGUCCAGAAGCUUGUGCUGGUUGUCGCAGGCGUGGAUUCGAACUCGGUCUUGGAACGAUGGGUUUUUGAUGUGUUCGCCGAGCCGCCGAACGAGCACGGCGACCGCAUCUCGACCAAGGACGAGCGCGAAAUCAUGAGCGAAAUCCAAGCCAUCAUGCGCCAGAUUACUGCCAGCGUGUCGUUUCUCCCCCUUCUCAACGAGGCGUGUGCGUUCGACCUCCUCCUGUACACGGACAAGGACCUCGAGAUUCCCCAGGCGUGGGAAGAGUCGGAUCCGCGCUUCGUCGAGAACUCGAUGCAAGUGCGUUUGCGUUCGUUCACGACCAAGAUCCAUCGCGUGGACACGCUCGUGGCGUACAAGGACCCGGAUGCGACGGCGUAGAGACCGACGCCCGGACAAUGUAUAUGGGAAUGGAUGAUUAUCUUAGUCGGUCUUGGCCUUGGUGUACUUGGCGACCAAGGCGCCGACCUCCUUGUGGAACGCAGGGCUGUCGAAGUGGCCCUCUUCGUCAAAGAACGUGCCAAUGUACAGCUCGGCCUUGACCUUCUUGGACGGCGUGAGCGUCGACUCGAACGUCAGGUGGUAGUGGUCCUUGUACUGCGGAAUGCGCGUACGAACGUAAAACUGAUCCUCGGGCCGCGCCUGUGGGAUGUCAGAUCAUCGAGAUGUGGCGAUUGAAGAUGCGCACCGUAUCCGGGUAGACGCGUGCAAUGAUGUCCUUCUCGAUGAACAUGAGGUAGCCCGUG